AAUUUACCUAUUUUUAUUUCAGGAAUCAUUGGCAUUCAGGGACGUGGCCAUUGAUUUCUCUGAAGAGGAAUGGAAAUGCCUGGAGCCUGCUCAGCAGAAUUUAUAUAGAGAUGUAAUGUUAGAGAACUACAGAAACCUGAUCUUCCUGGCCAUGAACUCUCAGUAUACCCAGAAAAUUUCACCUGAGUCUUGCAUAAAACUUUUUUUUAAAAAAGUGAUAAAGAGAAGAUAUAGAAAUUGUGACCUUGACCAUUUACAACAAAAGAAAGUACAGGACAGUGUAGGUGAGAAUGAAGAUUGGAAAUCCUAUUAUAAAGGACGAGACAAAUCAGUAGUGCAUGUCCAUAAUGAAAAUUUUGUCAGCAGACCUGAAGAACAUUUAAUACCUCAGAAAAGUAUUCCAUAUAUAACUGAAGGACAAGUUUCUAAAAAUGAUCAUUUUGAAAGUUUCUUUAAAAACUGUCCAUUGUUCAGCAAUGAACAAAAAAUUCUUUCUUGUUCCCAAUCAUACACUUUUAAUUGUUGUGGGAAAGCCCCUGUGUCCUCAUUGCUUAAUCAAAAUUCAGAUACAGAGUUCUGGAAAUUAUGGAACACACAUAAUGAAACAAGCAACACCUCUAACCAGGUUUCUACUCUUACCAAACACCAGAGAAUUCAUACUAGAAAGCAUCUCUACAAAUGUGAAGAAAGUGGCAAAGGUUUUAAUAAAAGUUCACAGCUUAAUCAACACCAUACAAUUCAUACUGGAGAGGAGCUCUACAAAUGUAAAGAAUGUGGCAAAGGUUUCACUCAGAAAGGAAGUCUUACUCAACACCAGCGAGUUCAUACAGGAGAGAAGCCCUACAAAUGUGAAGAAUGUGGGAAAGCUUUUACUCAGAGAGGAAGCCUUACUCAACACCAGAGGAUUCAUACUGGAGAGAAGCCCUACAAAUGUGAUGUAUGUGGCAAAUGUUUUACUAAAAGAAGUUACCUUACUCAUCACCACAGGAUUCAUACUGGAGAGAAGCCCUACAAAUGUAAUGAGUGUGGCAAAGCUUUUAAUAAAAGAGAUCAACUUAGAAUGCACCAUAGAAUUCAUAGUGGAGAGAGACCCUACAGUUGUGAAACAUGUGGCAAAGGUUUUACUCAAAGAUCAUGCCUUACUCAACACCAGAGAAUUCAUAGGAGAGAGAAGCCCUACAAUUGUGAAACAUGUGGAAAAGGUUUUGCUCAAAGAUGUUACCUUGCUCAACACCAGAAAAUUCACAGUAUAGAGAAGCUCUACAAAUGUAAUGAAUGUGGGAAAGGCUUUACUCAUAAAGGGAGCUUUACUGAACACCAGCGGAUUCAUACAGGAGAGAAGCCCUUCAAAUGUGAAGAAUGUGGGAAAGGUUUUACUCAUAGAGGAAGCCUUCUUCAACACCAGAGAAUUCAUACUGGAAUAAAGCCCUACAAAUGUGAUGUAUGUGGCAAAUGUUUUACUAACAGAAAUUAUCUUCCUCAACACCAGAGGACUCAUACUGGAGAGAAGCCCUACCAAUGUAAUGAGUGUGGCAAAGCUUUUAAUAAAAGAGAUCAACUUACAAAACACCAGAGAAUUCAUAGUGGAGAGAAGCCCUACAGUUGUGAAACAUGUGGCAAAGGUUUUAUUCAAAGAGCAAAGCUUAUUCUACACCAGAGAAUUCACAGUGGAGAGGAACUCCACAAAUGUAAUGAAUGUGGGAAAGGCUUUAAUCUAAGAGCAUGGCUUACUCAACACCAGAAAAUUCAUACUGCGCCCUACAAAUGUGAUGUAUGUGGCAAAUGCUUUACUUAUAGAUAUUACCUUGCUCAACACCAGAGGAUGCAUACUGGAGAGAAGCCCUAUAAAUGUGAAGAAUGUGGGAAAUGUUUUAUUAUGAGAGCACAUCUUACUCAACACCAGAUAAUUCAUACUGGAGAGAAGCGCUACAAAUGUGAGGAAUGUGGGAAAUGUUUUACUAUGAGAGCACACCUUACUCGACACCAGAUAAUUCAUACUGGAGAGAACCCUACAAAUGUGAAGAAUGUGGCAAAGGUUACUCUCAUAGACAGUACAUUAUUUGACACCAGAGAAUUCAUAAUGGAGAAAAGCCCUAUGAAUGUGAAGAAUGUGGGAAAUGUUUUACUAUGAGAGCACACCUUACUCAACAUCAGAUAAUUCAUACUGGAAAGAAGCCCUACAAAUGUGAAGCAAGUGGCAAAGGUUUUACUCAAAGAGCAUGCCUUCUUCAACACCAGGGAAUUCAUACCUGAAAGUAUUGCUACAAAAGUAAAGAAUGUGGCAAAGCUUUUAAUCAGAAACCAUGCUGUACUCAAUACCAGAGAAUUCAUAACUGGGAGAGGUAAUUCAAAUGUACAUUCUGUUGCAGACCUUUUAGGAAUUGAUCAAACAUUACUAAUCACUGGAGAAUUCAUAGUGCAUAAAACCCCUAAACAAUGUGAAUACUGUGCCCAAGUCUUUACUCAAAUUUCAUAUUUAACAUUAGAAACCAGAUACCUAUAGGGAAGGUAGAAAGACAUCUCCCUGAAAUAUAUGCCUUAAAUAAUAGCAAAAUAUCUAUAAGGAAGAAAUCAUGCUAGAAAUAUAAAAAAAAUAUAUAAAAAAGCCCUCUUCUGUAUUCCAUUUUAUUAUGUAUGUAAGAAAUGAGGAAUUGCCUUUAACUUUUGCUUGAAGUUUAUUAAAAUCCUUAGCUGAUGUGGCAAACAAAGAAAUUCUCAUAAAUAUCAUAGAAUUGUGUAGAAAACUUGUCUCUGGACAGAUAGGAAUUUAUUAAAAAUCAAAGAAUACUCAGUAUCCUCACUUUUGAAAACUAGAGAAAAAAACAGUUCUAACAUAGAUCAUUUCACGAGAAGAAAACCUGUUCCUGAGAGUUGUUAAUCUAUAUUUUUGAGACUUUGUGGUGUAUUUGAAAUACCUGAUUAAUAUUUUGUAUACAAUAUGUUAAUGUGUUAACAGUGUUAUGUGUUGAAUCAUGAUACUAUCUCACUGGUAUCACAGUGCCUCUUUACUAAGGGUUCUACAUAGCAGAUAGUAAAAACAUACUAAAAUACCACCAUUAAUUUUUUAGAAACAUCAACUCACUCAGAAAAUAGUGUUCCCAUAAGUCAGACCUUUAUCCACCUGUUUAUCAUUAAGGAAACAUUAAAACAGUUAUAGAUAACAUAUAAGUACAUGAAAAUAAACACCAAAUUUUACUCUCUUGAAUUAGUACUUUAAAAUUUUACUGUGUAAGUUCUGGACAUGGUGGUAUAUUACUUUAAUUCUAACAACUUAAGAGGCAGAGACAGGAGGAUCCCAGGUUCAAAGUCAGCCUCCACAAAUGAAUGAGGCCCCACACAACUUAGACCCUGUCUCAAGAUAAAAAGGCACUGGGGAUGUGGCCCAGUGUUUAAGCACUCCUGAAUUCAAUCCUUUGUACUCCCCCCUCCUUUUUUUCCCCUAUAGAAUGACUUUACUCCUGAGGGCCUUGCAAUUUGAGGGAGCAACACAACUUCUCAACACAGGGAUUUUGACUAUCUUAGAAACCAAGAGCCACCAGUGCAUAUUUUGUGAAAAGGAGGGUCAUUGCAGAGAGAUUCCCAAUAGUUACCCAGGAAGCAACAUGUUCAGCUGAACACUGACCCAUUCUGGCUCCUGGCAUGUCUGAUAGAAAACAACAAAAAAACUGAAGAAUCCAAGCAUUUCCUUAUGAAGUCUCUAGAUAAUUACCCACUGAGGAGACUUCAGUCAUGUCAAAAAAUUAAAAAAAUAUAUUUUUGCCCAAUAUCAAAUGCCUAUUUGGUUUUGGACAACCAGUAGAAAAUUUAACCAGAAACAAGUGUUCAAUUAUGAGGGUAAAAAAAAAGAGCCAUACUUAUGGAGCAUUUAAACCUUCAAAAUAAUUUAUAAUAUGAUAUAUCUUUUGACUUUAGCUAUCUUUUAUUCUACUCUAUAAUUUACAAUGGUUAUUAUACUUUUGGGAUCAGAGGAAUUAUAAUAAAUGGCACAGGCUCCCUAAGCUUAUUUAGCACAUAUUCUUUCUGAGAUAUUCCAAAUCAUAUCUGUCAUAAAUUUUCCCUGUUUAACAGGACUGGAGCACAUGCCACCACAUAUAGAAAGACAAAGUCCCUAUUCAAAUGAGCCACUGCAGGUUCUAUUCAAGUCCCGAUUAAAAGCUAAACACAAAAAUGGAAAAAAAAAUUGUGGUUGUAUUACUCUUUGGGUCAAUGGAACACCCACAAAAAUUCGUCUUAUAUAAAUUAAUUGGGAUUAAAAGUACUUCAAGGGAAUGAUAAUUUUUAUGCAUAAGGAACAGAAGCAGUAUGUGAGAGAGAUCUUGGUUUUCAUAUUCUGCCACAGUCACCAUCCAUUCUUCAUACUAGGUUUAUGGAUGUAUCUUUUCUGCAUGUCUACAUCCUAUUUCAUCUCACAUAAAAGGCUGCUUUGGUUCUGACAAGUCAUUUAAAGGGUUCUUAAGGCAAGUUAAACUGAAAUUGGGAGUGACUUGGGAGAUCCUGAAUUUUUUAAAAAGUAAUUUUAGAUGUAGUUGGACACAAUGCCUUUGUUUUAUUUAUUUAUUGUUAUGUGGUGGUAAGGUUUGAACCCAGUGCCUCACUGGGCAAGCACUCUACCACUGAUCUACAAACUCAGCCAUGUUACUGCAUUUUUAAAUAUUUUUCAAUUUACAGGUAAGAAAUGUAACAAGUUCAAGGGAAGUUUCAAUACAUGUAUUAUUAUAUAAUACAAUUAGUAAUUCACAAAACUUUUCCCUCAAAUAUUUUGCAUCAUUAUGGGGAAAACAUUGAGUGUUUCUUCUCAUCUUUGAAUGCACUAUACAUUAAUAUAGUCACCCAACUGUGUAAUUGGACCAUACAAACCCAGAACUUAUUUUUUCCAUGAAAUUGUUUAUGAACCCAUCUUUUUUCAACCCAUAACCAGAGUGGGACCCAUGAAUCAAUUUCAUACAUUUUAUACAAAAGAUCAGUCACUGCAGAUGGCUUCCUCUUUCUUCCGUUGGCAUGUGUUCCUCUCCUAGGCACCAUGGCAUAUGUGCCCAUUCAUCAGCAAGUCACCACAGUAUGGUUGACAUGGGAAGUUCAUAUUCCUUUUUUAAAAUUGAGAUGGAUGUGGUGUUUCAUUUACUUGCCCCACUAUAAUUGUGUAGUAUAACAUGAGCCACUAACUUCCUAAAACACACACACUCACUAGCACAUUAUAUUUACAUCUCCCCUUAAUUUUCCUUGUUUUCAUGGAGGAGAUUCAGUUUCCCAAAUGAACUAGAAAAUAACUGUUUCAAAAUGGUAAGUCUUGAGUCCAGUUAUCUGUGAGAAUCAUUCACCUUGAAUAGAAAAGGGGUACUGCUAAACAGGUGGGACAGGAGGUCAAGUGCAAUUAAGUGUGAUUAACCUAUCUCUAUUUUACCUAGAGUGACAGAGAAUAUUAGUGGUAAUUUUUAAGACCUAGUGUGAAACAGUAUUACAAUAAAAAGCACUUUAUUUUUUACUAUUGGGAAUUGGAUCCAGUGCUAUUAUACCACUGAGCAAUAUAUUUACUC